GCUGCUCUCAUCCUGGCUCCUCCCGCCACAUCACCACCAUGGCGGAAGCAGAGCAGGAAUUCCGCCUAUGCAGCGCGGAGGACUACGUGUGAUUCACGGCUGUUAAUGACCGUUGCCCAGCGACGGACCGAGUGGUGGUGCCCCUGUCCUGUGGAGUAAAACUAGCCAGUUGUGUGCCGCUCUGCAGCGGCGUAGCUCCAAAACACAGCUGUUCCAUUUGCCUCCCCUCCUCCUCGGCUUGUGUCAGACCCAAGCGGCGGAUGAAGCCUGCUCUCCUGAUGCUCCACCGUGGUUCGACCGGUGCCUCUAGUUUCUCCACUUGAGAUCCUCUCUGGAAGUAGCAUAGCCCAACUGCUGUUUGUUUGUCCCAGAAACCAGAGACAACAUGGAUUUGCUCGAAAUGUUGCAUUUGGACGAACUGUCCCACGGACUGGCUAACCUGUCCAUGUUUCCUUACUUUGAAAUGGCGCACUAUAUCGUGUCAGUGAUGGCUCUGAGGGAGCAGCCAGGAGCUCUAGCAGUGUCCAGAGUCAGCCCCUUAGCCUGCUGGUUCAGCUCCAUGCUCUACUGCUUCGGAGGGGCAGUGCUGUCCGGGAUCAUGCUGGCCGAGCCGCCCAUAGCGCCGUUGUCCAACGGGAUGAGUGUUCUUCUGGCUUCAGUCAUGUGGUACCUGGUGUUUUAUUGCCCCAUGGACGUGGUGUACAGCUGUGCUGCCCUGCCACCCCUCAGGCUGGUGCUGUCAGGGAUGAAGGAGGUGACCAGGACAUGGAAGGUCCUGGGAGGGGUCACACAGGCUCACAGCAAGUAUAAAGACAGCCUGCUGGUUAUGAUCGCCAUUGGAUGGGCGAGAGGUGCUGGAGGAGGCCUCAUAAGUAACUUUGAGCAGCUUGUUCGGGGUGUGUGGAAACCAGAAACCAACGAGCUCCUCAAAAUGUCCUACCCCACAAAGAUCACCUUGAUAGGGGCGGUGCUGUUUUCCCUGCAGCAGACCCAUUACCUGCCCCUCCAGAAGCACCACCUGAUGCUGAUCUACACCAUCUUCAUCGUCGCCAACAAGACACGCAUGAUGCUGACGGGCUCCUCCUCCUCCCCCUUCGCCUUCAUCGAGUCUGCGCUCUACCGGACCCUCUUCAGCAGCCAUUCCCCAUACGCCGCUCUCUCAGGUGACCUGACGAAAGCGUGUCGUGAUAACGGCAUGGCGAACAGCAGCACGCCCCACGCUUCAACCAAAGAGCCCAGCGAGGAUAGAUCACCGGGGCCCGUUCCUCCUACAGAACCGGGCCGCUCCACAACAGCCAAAGACGAGGUGGAGAGUGGAGAGAUGGAAAAGAAGAUCAACUAGUGAGCCUCGGUUUGCCCUGAAGCACCUUUUUUUACCUCAAAGCUGGUUAUUGAAUUCUUCAUGCAUCAGAUUUUCCAUGUUGAGGGAUGCUCACCUAAACUUUUUUCUCUUUAUUUUCUCAUCUUUUGGAAAAAAAAAAAAAAAAAACGCUGGUUUUUUGACUAAAACAGUUUUUUUCUUGGAGUUUCAAACUGAGUUCUGUUAGGUAACGGAACCAGAAGUAAAUCCAACUUCUGCACCUCAUUCUGGGAUUAUCACCCACCCUUAAAGAAUGUGAAGAACACGUUAUUGCUUGUCUAAAUGCACACUGGCAAUUCAAAGUGUAGCUUCCUUUUUUAAAAGAUAUUUAUUUUUAAAACAAACUAAUUCUAGUUAUAUUCCAGGGAUUGAGGACCAGCGGUUUGCACCUGCUGAUCCUUUUUUUCUUUCUUUUGUAUAUUUUGCUCCACAUAAAGGCUACCUUUUCAAAGUUUUUAAAGAAAUACAUAUAUAUUCUGACUUUCAGAUGUUUUAUUAUAUUUGUACUGAAGACCUGCACUCUUGAAUGUAAAAUCCAUAGAAAUGAAUGCAGUUCUAUUGUUUGGGAUGACAGCAAAGAGCAUGAGAAUAAAUGUCUACAUAUGCCUUAAA